AUGAUCCGCAAAAAAGAUAUACACCUCAACAGGGAGAAUAAACUACACCUAAACAGGGAGAAUAAACUACACGUCAACAGGGAGAAUAAACUACACCUCAACAGGGAGAAUAAACUACACCUAAACAGGGAGAAUAAACUACACCUCAACAGGGAGAAUAAACCACACGUCAACAGGGAGAAUAAACUACAUGUCAACAGGGAGAAUAAACUACACCUCAAGAGGGAGAAUAAACUACAUGUCAACAGGAAGAAUAAACUACACCUCAACAGGGAGAAUAAACUACAUGUCAACAGGAAGAAUAAACUACAUGUCAACAGGAAGAAUAAACUACACCUCAACAGGGAGAAUAAACUACAUGUCAACAGGAAGAAUAAACUACAUGUCAACAGGAAGAAUAAACUACACCUCAACAGGGAGAAUAAACUACAUGUCAACAGGAAGAAUAAACUACACCUCAACAGGGAGAAUAAACUACUUGUCAACAGGAAGAAUAAACUACAUGUCAACAGGAAGAAUAAACUACACCUCAACAGGGAGAAUAAACUACAUGUCAACAAGGAGAAUAAACUACAUGUCAACAGGAAGAAUAAACUACAUGUCAACAGGAAGAAUAAACUACACCUCAACAGGGAGAAUAAACUACAUGUCAUAAGGGAGAAUAAACUACACCUCAACAGGGAGAAUAAACUACAUGUCAUAAGGGAGAAUAAACUACAUGUCAUAAGGGAGAAUAAACUACACCUCAACAUGAAGAAUAAACUAACUAGCAACCGUGGACAGAUGCUGUAG